AUGCACAUUUGCAUUCCUGGGUUGCAAAAUGAACAAAAACAUCUCAUCGUUUUUUAUAUAACUAACAUAAUAUUUUUGGUAAGUUGCUUUUUUCUAAGUGUUCUGAAAUAAAAUAUAUGUAUUUUUAUAGGCAUUUGGAGCCGCGUCAUUAGUCGUCGGUUUAUGGUUAUACCUUUCUCGAAACGAUUUCAUCGAACUUACACCAGCCUCUUACUCAGCUUUAUCAGCCGCAGGAUUAUGUGUUUUUACGGGUACCUCGAUUUUCAUAAUUUCACUUAUUGGAUUUUUUGCCGUUGGCUGGAGAAAUAAAUACCUCUUGUAUUCAGUGAGUUUAUUUUAGAAUGUUGAGGUCAAAAUAUUGAUUGAAAACCACUAUCACAUCAUUUUUGGAGUUACGCUAAGCGUCCAAAUUUCGAAAUUCAUAUAAUUUUUCUUCUAUUUUCCAACAAACCUAAUUCAAUUUUUUUUCCAAAACAGUUUGUUGCAUUUGUCGCCUUAUUGAUAUUUAUUCAUGGAGCUACUCGAAUCACUGGUCUAUUUCAUAAUGUGAGUUCUAACCCACUUUUUUUCGACAAUAAACGUUUUUUUACGUUUUCAGGAAAACGCCAAAGAGCACUUACGGUUAGAUUUAUUACGCAAUAUAAAUACAACUCAUGUUGUGACAAAAAUCGGAAAACAAAUUCAAUUGAAAUUCACAUGGGAUCAUUUGCAAUCUGAAGUGAGUUUUUUUUGAGCUACAAAUUUUUUUCAAGCUCAUUUGAAAUAUCACUCAAAGUAAUGUGCAAAUUUACUGGCGGUUUGAUUAAUGGAUACAUAAGAAUCAUGAAGAUAUGUUGAGCAUUUGCUCGAAGAAAAUAAACAUUAGAUGAUUCUUUUGGAAACAAGAAAUGGAAAAAUCACUUUUUGUAAUUGAAAUUCUGAAAAGUUGUUUAAAAAUGAAACGAUUCGAACAUUUUACGAAAAAGAAGAUUUUCAGGUUUUCGAGAACUAAAAGAGAAUUUGAAUUGAGAAAAUUUUUUUCAAAAACAAUUUAUGAAAAAUAAUUUGAAAGGUCUUGUUUUGAAUCAAAUUUCUAUAAAUGAAUUUUUAGUAUAAAAACAUAUGUACAUAACAAUUAGAAAUUAAAAUAUUUUCACAAUACCUGAAAUAACAAGAAACAAAUACUGCAUGAUGUCCAGAAAUGAAUUCCAGAAUCAUAUCAAACCCCAAGUCUUAAGAUCAACAAUCCCCUAAAGCAAAAAAAAAUCAGUCACACCUCGAUUCACUAAAAAAAGAUAAAUAUACUGUACCUUUGUUUUGAUAACCACGAAACUCUCAAAAACCAACCAAAAAUCAAACAUUUUGCAGCUCAAAUGUUGUGGCGUCGAUUCAUUAUCAGAUUGGUUCUAUUCGGUUCAAUGGCCAUCCAACAAAUUUGUGCCCGACAGUUGUUGUGACACCGAAAAACAUUUCAACGACGACGAUCAUAGCAUUGAAAAUUGUGGGAAAAUGGCCGAUCAGCCAGAAAUAUUUUACCAAGAUGUGAGUAAAAUAUGAUUUUUUUUUGCUUUUGAGAAAAAUUUUUGUGGAGAAAUGAAAUAACGGAAGAGAGGAGAAAACAUGAAUCAAUAAGAUAAAAUGAUAAGAAAAUAUAUCUCUUGAUAAUUUUGUUGAAAAAAAAACAAUGAAAUCAAAAAUGUGGAAUUUAAAAAAAUAAAUAUAACAUAUUUAAAAUUAAAAUAAUGUUUCAGGGAUGCCACAAAAAGUUCAGCGAAUAUUUGAGUCAUCAUGUGAUUCUUGUUAAUUGGGUAACUUCACUUCUACUAAUUGCGGAGGUAAAUUAACUAAAAAAAAUUUUUGAAUAUUCAAAUUUCAAAACUUUUCAGAUUGCUGUCCUAACCGCUUCAGUCGUUGUAAUUCUUCAAACCAGAAAAAAUGAACAUGGCAAAAAUUUGAGGUUAGUAUGUAUUAAAAAAAAGUUUGAAAAAUACAUAAAAAGAAAAUUUUUGAAGCAAAUAAAGCUAGAAAGAAGAUGUUUAUGAAUAAAUUAUACACAAAAAUUUUUUUGAUGAAAAUAAAAACAUUAAUUCGAUUUUUAUUUUUCGAAAAAAAACACACAUUUUUUUUUAGGAAUAACCGCCGUCAACAAAUUGAUAUAGCUAAUGAGGAACUCAGAAUGCAUGAAUUGGAUCGAAUUGGGGACGCAAAUCCAGAUUUUGAAGCAUCUGAUAUGGUUAGCAUGAAUUCGCGAUGA